CAACAUAUAUACAAGACCAAGAAGCAUAAAGUCAUAAACCAAAGGCAUAUAUAUCAUUGAUCUCCAAAUUUUGUGGCUUUGUUUCAUCUUCAUCUUUUUUCCUCUUUUUAGUUAGGUUUACGCAACAGCAAUUGUAGACUAUGGCAAUAGAACGACACCCUUUGGUGGUUAGCCGUGUGGUUGGGGACGUUUUGACACCAUUUACACCCACUGUUGAGCUCCGAGUUUUUAGUGAAAAUGGUAGACUUAUAUACAAUGGAAGUAGCUUACGACCAUCACAAGUGGCGAGCAGGCCUAGGAUUGAGAUUGGUGAUACCGAUUUUCGCACUUUUUAUACUCUAGUUAUGGUGGAUGCUGAUGCUCCAAGUCCAAGCAACCCACAAUUCAAGGAGUACUUACACUGGUCUCUCUAUCUCUAUUUCUUGAUCUCGAGUAACAUAUAAAUAUCAAUUUUUUUUCUUUUUUUUUUCUUU